AUGGCCCUUCGUCUUCUUCGAUUGCUUCACUGAUCCAGAAUAAGGCCCUUCGACUUCUUCACUGAUCCAGAACACGCCACUGAACCAGACUCCACAUUCUCCGGUUGAAGCAUGGCAUUGGUUGAUGUGACAAAAUCUUGCCUUGAUUCCAUUCGCCAGAUAUCAGAGCACAUUGAAGGUUGCACUCUUUACCUUGAUGCUGGAUCUACAGAAAGUUUCCAAUUUAUUGGGGCGUUUCCUGUGUUGCUGGACCUGGGAGUAUGUAGUAUUUGCAGUUUGGAGAACAUGUGUUCUCUUGAUGUGGUGGUCGAUUGGAACUCAGAGUCUGAUACUGUGAAGAAAAUAGUGGUCAUCACAUCUCGUCUGCUAAGUGAUGCACAUCGAUAUAUUUUACGUUGCCUAAGCACGCAUCAAGAUAUUCGCCGUUGUACUAUUUUUACAUCUAUCUCAGAGAUGGCUCACUCUUCAUAUCCUGAUUCACCUCUGGGACCAGAUGCAUUUCGUGAAUAUGAAUCCUUGCUUGUCCAAGAUUAUGAAGAACUUGUUAAGAAAUCUUCAAAGUCUACAGAGCCAAAAGAUAACAACUUACAGGAAAAUUUAACCUUUGAAGACGAAGGGUGGUCACAACUCACUUCCAUUGAAGAGGACAUUCCUCACCUUGAAGCUAGUUCUAGUGGAAGAGAUUUAUAUGAUAAUAAUCUGAUAGGUUGCACAGAAGAUGUACAGAAAAAAUUGGUUGUCUCUGUGCAUCACUUCCCUAUGAUAUUGUGUCCUUUUUCACCAAGAGUCUUUGUUUUACCUUCAGAGGGAUCAAUUGCUGAAGCAUACUUAUCAGCUGAACAUGAGGAUUCCCUUAGCCCUGGAUUGCCUCCCUUAAGUACUGGAUUACCUUCUGAUGGUGAUGAUUUUCCUCCUGGGGCAACUCUUACAGCACAUUUUCUUUACCAUCUGGCUGCCAAGAUGGACUUGAAAAUGGAAAUAUUUUCCCUUGGUGAUCUGUCAAAAACUGUUGGGAAGAUAUUGAUGGACAUGUCAAGUCUUUAUGAUGUAGGCCGUCGUAAACGAUCAGCGGGGCUACUAAUCAUUGACCGCACACUUGAUCUCCUGACCCCUUGCUGCCAUGGGGAUUCACUUGUUGAUCGUAUGUUUUCAUCUUUGCCACGUAGGGAAAGAGCAACUUCCUCUACACAAAUGAAAGGCUCACAAACCCAACUCAAACAUGGCCCCUCUAAUCUGCAGCGUGCUCCUCUUGAUAUUCAGAUACCACUUCAAAAGAUAUUAAGUGAAGAAGAUUGUGAAAUAGAUCAUUUUCGACUUUUAGAAAGCAUUGAAGCUUUUCUAUGUGCAUGGGAUUCUAGUAAAUCUGCUUCUGAAAUUGUUGAUUUAACUAAUUUCAGAAGCAAAGUUAACAAUGAAAGGUCACCUCACUCUGAUAUUGAACUAUUUAGUGGCUCCUUUGUCUCCACUGAAAAUUUUCGUGGAACACCAUACUUGGAAGCUUUACUGGAUAGAAGAACCAAGGAUGGGGCUGUUCUGGUAAAGAAGUGGCUCCAAGAAUCUCUUCGUCGGGAAAAUGUAAGUGUGAAUGUGAAAACUCGUCCUGGCUUUGCUACAAAAUCAGAUUUGCAACCUAUGAUUAAAGCGCUCGCUAAAAGCCAGCCAUCUCUGAUGAAAAACAAAGGAAUCAUUCAGUUAGCAGUAGCUGCAUUAGUUGCCCUUGAUGAAUCACAUUCUGCCAGGUGGGAUGCAUUUAUCAGUGCUGAGAAAAUAUUGAGUUCGUGUGCUGGAGACACAACCCAGAGUCUUGCGGCUCAAAUUGUUGAUCUUGUCAAUAAGAGUGCUUUGAUGGGAUCAGAUGGAGAGAAGAAUGGAAAAAUGAAGCCUUCACAAGGGGUACUUUCUUUUCAAGGUGCUUUGCUUCUUACAGUUAUUGGAUAUAUUUUGGCUGGUGAAAAUUUCCCCACAUCUGGAUUGGAUAGCCCUUUUUCUUGGCAAGAGGAGCAUCUACUGAAAGAGGCUAUUGUAGAUGCUAUUCUUGAAAAACCAUCAAUAGCAAAACUAAAGUUUCUACAUGGUCUAACAGAAGACCUUGAAGCCAACCUAAACAGGAUGAGAUCAGAGGAAACCAAAGAAAUGUCUUCGGAUCAUUUACAAAUUGAUGAUUUCGAUGAUGAUCAAUGGGGUAGCUGGGGUGAUGAAGAUGCUGAUACUAAUAAUAAUAAAGAGAAAGUGUAUGGUGACAUGCAAUUGAAGUUGGAGUUGCAUGAUAGGGUAGAUAGCCUUUUCAGGUUUCUUCACAAGUUAUCUAGCUUGAAGAGGAGAAACUUGCCAUUUAGGGAUGGGACAUUUGCUUCAGAAAGUAAUUUCAGUGGAGAUCCCUAUACGGGUAAAGGAUUACUUUAUAAGCUUCUAACAAGGGUGUUGGGCAAGUAUGAUGUACCUGGAUUGGAGUACCAUUCCUCUACUGUUGGGCGACUUUUUAAAAGUGGGUUUGGAAGAUUUGGCCUUGGGCAGGCAAAACCAAGUCUUGCCGACCAAAACGUCAUUCUGAUAUUUGUUAUUGGCGGAAUAAAUGGUCUUGAGGUACGUGAAGCUCAGGAGGCUUUAUCUGAAAGUGGAAGACCAGAUAUUGAAUUGAUUAUUGGUGGAACAACUUUCCUAACUCCCGAUGACAUGCUUGAUUUACUAAUUGGGAACUCCAGUUACUUUGGAUCCCUUAAUUUGUAAAGAUAGAGAAAGAGAGAAUAAAAUGAAUCUGAAAUGUUUACAUGCUAAUAUUUAUCUAAGUUUCAAGCAAUCCAAAUUAAAUUUAUUUUGUAGUCAAAUUUCCCCCAUGCUAA